UUAUUGGGCACUAUUGGUUAUAUACUAGUUUUGCAUUCUAUUAAUUCAUAUUUAAAAAAAAGAAUCUAUUUCAAACAAUAAGAAAUUCAAUUUCGUGCGCUCAUAUUAGUUCAAAUAAGACUAAUCAGAAAUAAUUUAUUAUUAUAUAGUUUGAGAUGUCAAGUGAUGAAAAUAGCGACGACUUAAGUGCGUGCACUGAUAGCGAAAAACGUUCCAAACGUCUGUCCGGAUCACACAAAAAAUCGAAAAAACAUAAAAAGCAGAAGAAAUCUAACAAAACUGAAAAAUUUCAUAAGAGUCACAAGAAAUAUAAAAAAAGACGUAGACAAAGUGAAUCUUCAGAUAUGGCAUCUGAAGUUUCCACUACUAAGCGUACACCAGCCACUUUAAAUGAAAAAUUUGCGGAAAUAAUGCAAAAAGCCAGCAAGGAUACGACAAGUUUUCUACGUGUUGAACAACACGCCAAUGGUAAUAAAUUUAGUAUAACAAGACCUAAUAUGCAAACAGAUCCCAGUAGUUUAGUUGAAGAAAUUACUAGAACCAUACAAACCAAAGUCUUGCCUGUAAUGGAAGUUGGAAGUUCGGGUAGUGAUAGCGAAGUUCCAAAUGAUGAUGUUAGUCCCGAAGUGGCAAUAAUUGAAGACGAUCUUAACUUAGAAGACCUGAUGAAACAGAAAGCCUUACUACAAGCGCGCUUAGGUGCUUACAUGUCAGAAUCCGAGGGUGAGGAUAAACAUACAAAUUUAAUUGAGAAACAGCAAGACAGUGCACAGCAAAAUUUUGACAUAACUGUGGCAGUAGGAGCCAAGGAAAAGACUUCCAGCCCUUCAACUUCACAUAUUAGUAAAAAUAAUAAUAAAAUUUCUAAAUCAAAUUCUACUGAACCAGUUGUAAUAUUAUUGGAUGAUUCUAGUGGUCAUAAUACACCGGAAAGGCAACGCAAACCUCGUGUUAGCAGUAAUGAUACAAAGAAAGACCAACGUAUAAGUUCACCAAAACGGUCAUCAGCUCGCAAAGAGUAUGAAAAUGAAUACCAUAAACAGCGAAGACGUACACGAAGCCGAACACCACGGCGGGAAUUAGAUACAUAUAAAAAUCAACGAGAAAGUAGUCGAAGUCUUCAGCGUCGUGAACUUAUUGAUCAAAAUAGACAUAAAGAAGAUUUACGUCAGGAAAUUAAUCGUGAUAAGGAACGUGAAAGAAACAGCAGGGAGCGUGAACGCAAAGCAAGAGAAAAUAGGUCACGUUAUGAUGAUAGUUCUGUCAGAGGACGUGAUCGGGAACGUGAUAGAGAUAGGGGUAGAGACAGAGAAAGAGGUCGUGAUAGAGAUCGUUGGAAUCGUGAACGUUCACAUAGUCGUAGUAAAGAAGAAUCAGAUCGUCGACGCAAUGAACGUGAUCGCUUACAACGAGAGAGAGAAGAAAGGCGUAGUGAUCGUGAUCGUCCUCGUGUUCGUCCAGAUAAAUAUCGUGAUUCUCUUAGUGAAGGUCAAAACCAAAAAAUGAAUGAAUCGAGUAGCGACGGCGAACUGAAUUUAGAUAUAGAUAUAAAUGACGAAGAUGACGAUGAAGAAAAAAUUAUUGAGAUGCGGCGUAAACAACGAGAGGAGCUUUUAAAAAAAUUAAAAUCUAAUAGCGAUACUGAAGACGUAACAAAAGCUGAACCAAAUGAAAAGAAGGAUGUUAAGCCGCUCCCUAUAGUAACGAAAAGCGAAAAUAAAUCUACAAAUCUAGAGAACACAACAGAUAAGAUAAUAGAGUCUACUGAAGGUAACAAUGAGUCCGCAACAGGUGAGGGAAAAAAGCAACAAACUAAAAAUAGUGGUAAAGAAAAACGACCAGAGUGGGAUAUGUUUGCAGACCAAGAUGUAGAUUCAAAGUUCGAUUCACCAAAUACAAUUGUUCAUAACAAAAACCAAAUUGAAAACCCGGCACUUACUGAUAAUUGGGACGAUGCAGAAGGAUACUAUCGCGUGCGUAUUGGCGAAACAUUAGAUAAUCGUUACACAGUUUCUGGCUACACAGGUCAAGGUGUAUUUAGUAAUGUUGUAAGAGCACGUGACCAGGCACGUGGAAAUGCUAAUGUUGCUGUUAAAAUCAUACGCAAUAAUGAAAUAAUGCAUAAAACGGGUUUACGAGAAUUGGAGAUACUAAAAAAACUAAACGAUGCAGAUCCAGAAGAUCGCUUCCACUGCUUACGCUUGUACAGGCAUUUUUUUCAUAAGCAGCAUCUCUGUAUGGUUUUUGAACCACUUGCUAUGAAUCUACGGGAGGUCUUGAAAAAAUAUGGUAAAAAUGUGGGACUGCAUAUAAAGGCAGUUCGUAGUUAUACUCAGCAAUUGUUCCUUGCACUUAAACUACUUAAAAAAACUGGAAUACUACAUGCCGAUAUUAAACCGGAUAAUAUAUUAGUGAACGAAAACAAUUUAAUUCUGAAACUUUGUGAUUUUGGAUCGGCAUCAACUAUAAAUGAUAAUGAUAUCACACCCUAUCUGGUUUCGCGUUUCUAUCGUGCGCCCGAAAUAAUAUUGGGCAUACCGUAUGACUACGGCAUAGAUAUGUGGUCAGCUGGUUGUACUAUAUAUGAGCUAUAUACUGGUAAAAUAUUGUUUAGUGGCAAGAGCAAUAAUCAAAUGCUAAAAUACUUUAUGGAUCUUAAAGGUGC